AUGUCCGAUUAUUCUCUCGUUUUCACUCCUCCCCUACCAUGUCCGGGGUCCAAGACCCUCAACCGCCUCGAGACCGCCGUCGCCAAGUCCCCCUACGUCGGCCAGGGCAAGAAGCUCAAGGUCACCAACCAGAUUGUCGGCGGUCUCAUCGUCGAGGUCGGCGACCGUACCAUCGAUCUCAGCGUCUCCUCCAAGAUCGCCAAGAUGAACAAGCUCCUCACGGACAACCUGUAA